GUGAAUUCAUUUUUAUUCCUCCAAAUUUUAUCUGGGUUUUGUACAUACUCUGUUCAUUCUUCAAGAACCAUGGAGAUAGCUGUCAUCGAUUGGAAAACCAUUGAUUCAAGAUUUGUUAAAGACGAUCUUUAUGAGCAUUUUAAAGCUCCUCAAUGGGUCGAUUUCUUCGCCCCCGAUGCUCCAGUUGAUGAUGAUGCUUGGUUCUGCAGACCUGAGUGUAAUCAUCCAAAGACAGUGGAAGAUUUCUAUAAAGUAGCUACCCCUUCCUCCUCUUCGAAGCUUCAAAGAUCAGCUAGUGUAUCUGAUAUUCCUCUUGGGGAACGGAAUAGGAGAGAUGCAACAUUGAAGAAGAGGGGGCUAAUUCAACCGUUGGUAUCACUGAAUAAGGAUUAUAAAUGUGACAAGAUUGUUGAAGAUGGUGAAAAUCAGAAUCCCAAUUUUGCAACCCCUCCAAGGUUCAAGGCUAAAUUGAUGAAACAAACAAUCAAGUCGAGCGCGGAGAAGAAGCCAGUUGAUGAAAAAGAGGAACAUAUACCAAAGCUGAAAAGUACUCUUUCAGCUAGGAAUCUUUUUGCUGGUGGGGAUUUGUUGAACAAAGUGUCUGAGUUUUGCAAUGAGCUGAAGAGAUUAGUAGUUACCAGGACUAAAGAGAGAGAGAAGUGUGCAGAUGAGAACUUGGAGACAAGUCCAUUAAUCUUUGAUGAUAAAGAAAGGGAAAGGAAGCCAUUGCUGGAGAUGAAUAAAGAGACUAAUGAACUAGUGGCAAAGAGCAACACUAAGGACAAACAGAGAAGGAAACUGAGAAAUGAUAAUGCAGAAAACACACCAAUACUUGUGGAUGUGAAGAACAUUAAGCGCAGAGAUGAAGAAAUUUUGUCUCAGAUCCGCACAAAUCCUCCCACUCCUCAGUGUUUCUCAGCCAGCCGGGGAGUUACAAAGGCUGCUCCAUCUAAGCCUUUGAAAUCUAGGCCUCUGGAAACAAGAGGGAUCCUUCAAGAGCUGGAACAAAGCAGCAAUGAAGUGAAGAGAAAGGAAGAUCCAGGGAAGAUGAUGACUAGUAACAAUAAUCAACAAGGGCAGAGAGGUGGUGGUGUUAUUGUUGCUGAAAAAGAAGCUGCAAGAGCUUUGGAUGUUUUCUGGUUCUUGAAGCCUUGCACACUUGCCAGCUAAAAGGUUCAAGCCACACACCACUGUUGCUGAACAAACAUUUCAUGAAGUGCUUACUCCUCCAUACUUGAAAAAGUUGUCAUUUUGUUUUUCCAUAUUCUUUCAUUCUUUAUAGUUUCUGAUACACUCAAUCAAUCUAUGAGUUUUUUUACCCCCUUCUGUGAGGAAAAUAAGUUGUAAGAAAACAGUUCAAAGGUCCAGAAUAUUAAAUAACAUUAUCCUUUUAUUGAUGGAAAAA